UCUUCUUUGGUCUUCUAACUUUCAGAGAAGAAGGCCUCUCUCAAUUCAAAAGUUCACAAUAUUAAAAAAAAAAAAAUUCAGAAUUAUAAAUCUGUUAGUCUCUCUCUUUUUUCUCUUCUCUCUGAUUAUCUGUCUCUUCUGUCUUCUUCCUUUGUCUCUCCUCUGAUAUACAUUCUGUUCUCCUUCUCAGAAACCCUAGAUUUCGAGAUUUGCUUUCUUUCGCUGCAAGACUGUAACAGGUUCAUAAAAACAAUUUGGAUCUUGAGCUCACAGCAUAAAGAACCCGACUUUGAUUGCUGGGUAGUUAAAAAAAGCCGCCAUUGUUGUUCUCUUUAUUACUUUGGGGAAUUAGGGUUUACGAUUUCUGGGUAUUAGAUUAGAUAAAUUUAGUUCCAUUUUUUUUUUUUACCAGUUUAAAAAUCUCUUCUUUCUCUUAAAGACUUGUAAUUUUAAAGUUUUUAAUGCAUGGACGGAAGAGAAGCAAUGGCAUUUCCAGGCUCGCAUUCUCAGUUCUAUCUUCAAAGAGGAGCCUUUACCAAUCUUGCACCUUCCCAACUCGCGAGUGGGCUUCACGCGCCGCCGCAAACUCCGGGAACGAGGCCAAUGCCGAACCCUAACAUUCAUCACCCUCAGGCUAACAAUCCAGGACUUCCUUUCUCGGAUUUUGGACACAGCAUUCACAUGGGGAUGGCUGCCUGUGCUUCUCCUGCUGCGGUGCAGCCGACUCUGCAGCCGCCACCACCGCCCCCACCACCGGAGCAACCGAUGGUUAAGAAGAAACGUGGACGGCCAAGAAAGUAUGUUGCUGAUGGACAAGUCUCUCUAGGGCUUUCUCCAGUGCCUUGUGUUAGUAAUAAGUCUAAGGACUCUUCUUCAAUGUCUGAUCCUAAUGCUCCUAAACGAGCCAGAGGUCGACCUCCUGGAACUGGAAGGAAGCAACGCUUGGCUAAUCUUGGUGAGUGGAUGAAUACUUCAGCUGGACUUGCUUUUGCACCUCAUGUGAUCAGCGUUGGAGCAGGAGAAGACAUUGUUUCGAAAAUUUUGUCAUUUUCGCAACAAAGACCUCGGGCUCUUUGUAUAAUGUCAGGCACUGGAACAAUUUCUUCAGCCACUCUGUGCGAACCUGCUUCAACAGCACCUAGCAUAACAUUCGAGGGACGUUAUGAGAUUCUAAGUUUUGGUGGAUCUUAUUUGGUGAAUGAAGAAGGUGGAUCCAGAAGUCGAACAGGCGGAUUGAGUGUCUCUCUUUCUGGUUCCGAUGGUCGUAUUAUAGCCGGUGGAGUUGGCAUGCUUAUCGCAGCCAGUCUUGUUCAGGUGGUGGCAUGUAGUUUUGUAUACGGAGCAAGUGCAAAGUCUCAUAAUAACAAUAACAAAACCAUCAGACAAGAAAAGGAACCAAAAGAAGAGGACAACAAUAGUGAAAUGGAGACCACACCCGGUAGUGCACCAGAACCAGCAGUAUCGGCGGGUCAGCAGACGCCACCGAAUUUCUCAUCUCAGGGAAUGAGCGGAUGGCCCGGUUCAGGCUCAGGCUCAGGCAGAUCACUUGACAUUAGCAGAAACCCUCUAGUUGAUAUCGAUUUGACUCGUGGAUGAUACACUAUUAGUCUUUGAAGCAGCAGCAUACAGAAUGUGAGUGCUGUACAUAUCUUUGUUGUUGUAGAUUUCUCUCUGGGAAUGUUUAAAACCAGACAUUUAAGGAUUGAGACCACUUUCUCUCAGUUCCUUGCUUCUAACAUUGUUAAUGUAACAGAAUCCUCCCACUUUCAGGCUAUUUAAGGAUAUUUUUAACUCUCA